AUGUUACAACUUUUUUGUGACUUGGUUUGCAAUCCAGGUUUCAGAUGGCCUCAUGCAGCUAUAAUGCUCUUGUUAGAAGAAUAUAGACAGCGGGAGGAAAACAUGUCUUCUGGAAAAAUUACCCAUAAAAAGGCAUGGGAUCAAAUUGCUGAAGUGAUGAAUGCUAAUGGGUAUUUUGUGACAGGCAAGCAAUGCACCACUAGAAUUAAUACCAUGAAACGAACAUACAAAGCCGUCAAAGAUCACAACGGAAAGUCCGGUAACAAUAAGCGGACAUGGCAAUAUUUUGAAGUUAUGGAACGCUUUCUCGGCGAAAAGCCAUACAUGGCGCCAUUAUCAACUGUUUCAUCUACUGGUGCUGCAACAUCAAGAGGCAGGUCCGCAAGCAUUAGCUCCGUUUCAAGCUCCUCCAGUGUGAACAGCUGUGCUAUUUCUGAUAUAGUUUUAGAUGAUAAUGAUCAUGUUCCUCGUAAGUUAAGUGUGUUUCUUAGUCAUGAAUGCGUUCAACAAAAUGCAUUGGUUUAAGCCAAUAGCAUGAUUAAUUAAUACUUUGAAAUAUA